CAUUGUUUUUUUUAAUUCAAUUUAAGUGUAAUAAAUGUUAAAUCUCUGUUUAUUAUUUAUGAGUAUUAAUUAACUAAAAUAAUAUAAACUGUUAACAGUUUGUAUCGUUUUCGUGAUGAAAAUCACUCAGGUGCUGUACAAACAAAACAUCGGUCGUCUCAUUAAAUGGCAAUGGCGUGUUCAGCGCAAGAAGACGUUAAUUGAAACAAAUGCCGAAAAAGUUCUUACAUCUCGUAAUAUACCUAUCAUUGAUGCAAAGCAGUUUUUACACGAGCCGUUAUUUGAAGCUCAAAAACAAGAUGUCCAAGAAAUAUUUAACAAUAUUGUUGGACCCGUGAAAUUGGAACCCAAACUAAACAAUACACAUCCACAAUGGAAUGAUGAUCCAUGUCUUGUGUAUGGUGACCAUAACGUGUUGGUUCAUGGACUGGAACAAGCUAAAGUUUUUACCAAUGCUAUAGAACCUGAACCUGGGUUACCGAAGUACUUUAAAGAGCUUUAUGAAGCAUAUAGAUUACCUAAUCAAGAUGAACACAUCCAACGAAUCAUCAUAGCAUCAAUUUUAUAUGAUGCUGUCCAAGAGAAAUUACCGAUUAGAAAAGAUCCAAAAAGACCGGCCUGGAAAUUUCCUAGGGAUUAUGGUAUCCCAGACAAAAGACGUAAUAAUCUAAUUAUCAGUAGGAUGUUACAAUUAUGUGAAUCAAGUGUUGGAAAUAUGAGUUCCAAUAAAAUAAUUGCUAAAGAUGUUUUUUUUAAAGUGCCUUUGCAAAGAAAUGCAAAUAUAAGCCUUAAUUUAAGGGCUGAUCUGUUGCUACUAUCUGAUACUCCUUUAACUGCUCACAUGGAUGAUGCUCAAGGAGAAUUGCCAGAUUUAUUUCCAUUGGAUUACAAGAUAUCAUUAGAUGAAAUUAAUAUUUAUAAUAAAGAUGAGUUUAUUUCACCUAUUACAGGUAAAUUUAACAACAUUCAUACAGCAUUUAUACAUUUUAAUGAGACAGAGGUUAAGAAUUUGUAUGAAACUCCUGUUUUAAAUACACAAAUAAUUGCACGAUCUUUGAUGAAAUGUUAUGCUUUUGCUGUUGCCAAUGCCAAAUCUAAAUAUGGGGAAGAUGUUAAAGAGUUACCAGAACCUAUUACAUUACAAUGUAUACAUACAAAUUCGCAAUGGUUCCAUUUUUCUGUUUUCCAAUUGAAUAGUUUGGCUGGUCCUGAAGAAGAUGGAAUAAAAAAUAUUUAUUGGCAAACACCAUUGUUAAAUUUAUAUAAGAAUUGUUUGUUUGAUGAAGGUGUUCCAGUCCUUGAAGAUUACAAUCCAGAAGUAUUCAAACAUUUUUUAUCUUUUUAUAUGAAUGGUACUGAAUAUGAGAUCAAGUAGUUUGUAUUAGUUUUAUAAAUAAUUUUCAUACAAUAAAUUAACUAGUUUAUUGAAAGUA